AUGGCCGACCAAUGUGAUGGGUUGCAAGGGUUCCUGUUCACACAUUCCCUCGGUGGUGGUACCGGUUCAGGGUUGGGUUCUCUCCUACUAGAAAACUUAUCGUAUGAGUACGGUAAAAAAUCUAAAUUGGAAUUCGCUGUCUACCCAGCACCCCAGUUAUCCACGUCCGUCGUGGAACCUUAUAACACCGUUUUAACAACACAUACCACUUUGGAACAUGCUGAUUGUACCUUUAUGGUCGAUAACGAAGCUAUUUACGAUAUCUGUAAGAGAAACCUGGGCAUUUCCAGACCAAGUUUUGACAACUUGAAUGGGUUAAUUGCUCAAGUGGUGUCAUCUGUAACAGCGUCCUUAAGGUUCGAUGGUUCGUUGAACGUCGAUUUGAACGAAUUCCAAACUAACUUGGUCCCAUAUCCCAGAAUUCAUUUCCCAUUGGUGUCAUAUGCUCCUAUCUUGUCCAAUAAGAGAGCCACCCAUGAGUCCAAUUCCGUGUCAGAGAUCACAAACGCUUGUUUUGAACCCGGUAACCAAAUGGUCAAGUGUGACCCAACGAAGGGUAAAUACAUGGCUAACUGUCUACUAUACAGAGGUGACGUAGUGACAAGAGACGUCCAAAGAGCCGUCGAACAGGUGAAAAACAAGAAAACAGUACAAAUGGUGGACUGGUGUCCAACAGGGUUUAAGAUCGGUAUCUGUUACGAGCCACCAACCGUAAUACCAAGUUCUGAACUGGCUUCUGUGGAUAGAGCCGUUUGUAUGUUAUCCAACACCACCGCCAUUGCCGAGGCUUGGAAAAGAAUCGACAGAAAGUUCGACUUGAUGUAUGCUAAGCGUGCCUUCGUCCACUGGUACGUCGGUGAAGGUAUGGAGGAAGGUGAAUUCACCGAAGCUAGAGAAGACCUGGCUGCUUUAGAAAGAGAUUAUAUUGAAGUUGGUGCCGAUUCUUAUGCCGAAGAGUUUUAA